AUGGCAUUGCAGCCGUUUAGUGACAAACAGUUAAAUUUCUUCAAGUUCUCGUCCCUAGUGUUGAAUGAAUUCCCCAAAGCCUUACGGCGGACCUUUAAAACCAUGUGGGACAACACCUAUGGACAUCGCCCUGGUUUCCAGCUUUGGGAUGAUUCAACUGCUGUAAGAAAAAUGUUUGCCACUACAGAGAGUGGCAGGACUAAGGUUCCUGUUCACCAGUCUUACAACAAAUGGGAUUGUACCAACCUGUUCCAGGCUACUAUAUUUGCUCGGUCUUUUGCCUCAGUAGCCAGUACAGGCUCUUACACCACUCUCAGUGAUUUGUACGUGAAGCCCUGUGCAGUACCUUAUGGUAGUUUCCACGCAUGUGUGGUCAGCCCAGGUGGAAUAAUGGAGGAGACCUUUGCACUUGCGAUUGAUCAGCUUCGUCGUCUAAGAAAUUCGCUCUGUCACUCUAUCUGCAGUGAGAUGGACAAAGCACCGUUUGACCAGCGCGUAAAUUACGCCAAAGUUGCGUUUCAAGCCCUUGGUGUGCAGACAGCUCCAAUUGACGCGCUUGGAAGGUUAACGGAGUCGGACUUUCCCACAAACGAAGUUAGACAACUGGAAAGGCGAAUACAAGAAGAGAGUCGGGAAUACAUCAAGUUCCUUGAGGAAAUGACCUCAGAUGUCAUUGAGAUUAAGGCGAUGCAAAAUGUGAUUAUGCAAAGAGUUGACAAUAUUGUUACCAAAGAAGAUAUCGCAAUGUUAGAUCAGAAGAUCGCCAAGUUGCAAGAUGAAAAUGAUGCCAAAUCCAAGACCACAGGUAGGUUAACCACUCUUUAUGGACGACCAGGGGAAUGUGAGUUUUUUCAUGGUUUAUAAAGCGACCGAAAUACAAUAGCGUGUUAGAAAAAUCGUCUUCAAUUAUCAUACCACACGUAUCGCAAGUUGCGCAAGAUCAAAGUGAAGAAGACAGGUAUAUGUUAACUUCUUUCUAUGUCACGUGCUAGGCAUAAACAAAGGAAAGAGUUGUGAGUUAAGCCCCGUGCAAACGGACGCAACAUUGUUGGUUGUUACAUGUUGCGUCCGUUUGCACACCUUGUUGCAUGUUGUUGGAUGUUGUUGCGUGUUGUUGCGCAAAGUUUGAAACCGGUCAAACUUUUCAGCCAACAACUCCCAACAUUUCUUUUGUUCCGUGAUCGCCGAAGCGAAGCGCAACAAUGUUGGAUCCGUUUGCACAGCUCUUCCAACAUUGCUGGGGCCACGCACGCUCAUUACGCAUGGUUUACAAAGACUUAUGGGUUGUAUCCUUCCCACGAUGUACUGCAGGUCCCAACAUUGUUGGGAGUUGUUGCAUCCGUUUGAACACCACUGCCAACACGCACGCAACAACUCCCAAGAUUGUUGGCGCAACAAUGUUGGAAGUUGUUGUGUCCGUUUGCAUGCAGCCUUAGUGAUACGAGAAGCGUUUGGUAAAGGACUACGAUUUAUUUUUGCUUUCAUGUCACUAUUAAAGAUACGAAAACAGAUUUUUACUGUUACAGGCGUGAGACCAUCGCUAUCAAUACCUUCCCUUCCUGGAAUGGUUCCUAAUUUUACUGGACGUCAAAGGGAGUGUGAGGAGAUUAUAGGUCACGUGACUUCUGAAUCUACCCGUCUUGUGUCCAUCUGGGGUUCACCUGGAUUCGGAAAAACAUCACUUGCUAUUGCAGUGGGACACGAUCUCCAGUCUAAAGGAAUGCCGGUCUGUUGGGUUUCAUUACGCGAACUGAAGUCCAAAACAGAUCUCGUUUCAAAGCUUCUAAGCUUUGUUAAGCCAUCAGUCGGAAAUGAUCAUCCAUCCUUCUCGUAUCCAUCCCUUGAUGAUCAGCUUUGCCUACUUUUAAGGGAAAUUUCCGAUCGAUCUAUUUUUAUUCUUGAUAAUGCUGAUAAUUUAUUAGAAGAUGGUGAGCCAGGCGUGAAGAAAGAGGUCAUAGGACUUUUGAAAGAAAUUCUCAGGCGCAGUAAGGCGACCAUAUUUGCUUUAACAACGAGAGAAUCGCUAGGUUUUCUGAGUGUGGAUUUGCAAGGUCACGAGAGUGUAAGAAUCAGACCACUGGAUGAAGACUCUGCAAAGACGUUAGUGAAAGCCCUUGUUCCAACAGGAAGUUCUUCAGACUGUUCACGAAUCCUGCAAAUCUGUGGAUUUGUACCCCUCGCAAUAAAGUUAUUGUGUUCCUCAAUUUCUGAAGGUGAGGCUCAACCAAGCCAAUAUCUCGAUGAAUUCAUGCAGUUCGCCUCCACAGCGAGUAUCGCCGAGAUGUUAGACAGGCCCGAUUACCCAGACGAGUACAGAUUACAGUCUCUUUUUGAGUUAUCUUUUGAGAGGCUCACUGCACAGGAGAAAAAAGCUCUUGUGUCAUUGAGUAUUCUUCCAGAGAAUUUUGGUACGGAGGUCGCUGCUGCUGUUUUAGACGAAAACAAUCUUCAGGCCAAGAAGUUCUUGCAUGGCCUUCGAAGGAAGUCCCUUCUUGAUUUAGAUGAGAAACAAGAGGUAUUUACGAUGCACAAGCUGCUACAAUCAUUUGCAAGAGAAAAAGGAGAAAAUGAAAUGAAAGACAGGGUCCUUAACUCAAAGGAUCGAUUGAACGCAUUUUACGUAUCCCUUUUUCAGAAGCUAAAUGAGCAGUUUCUGACUGGUCAUUCAAUGACAGCGUUUCUUAAAUUCUAUGAAGAUGACAAAAGUAUUAUUCAAAGCCUUUUAAAUACGCUUGCGGAUGCGAAGACAGCUGGCACCGUUUUUGAUGUGUUAGCUAAGGCAGAGUUGUUUCUUGAUACUCUUUUUUUUAACGAAGGAUCAACCUUUUACCUGAUAUACGAUUCGGCAAUAGAGGCUGCGAAGAGGUUUGAGAGAACCGAAUCUUACAGUCGACUACUUGUUUCAAAGGCGUUUGGAGAAGCAUGUUGGGGUGCAAAGGGAAGUACCGUGCAGCUGCUUUGUAAAGCAAAGGAAGCUGAAGCUUCACUGCCUCUACUUUCUAUGUCAGAACUUCAAGGAAAACGUCUGUGUUAUUUAGGGAUCAAUCACCUUGUUAACGGUAAUACGGAAGAUGGAAUUCGGAAUUUGCAACACGCUCUUGAGAUGUUGAGUGGAAUUCCAGAUCAGAAAAAUCUUACGCUUAUAACUCUUCAAAUUCUUGUAAUGUUUUGCCGAUUUCAAAACACCUCGACGGAAUUAAAUGAAUUACUUUGCAAUGCAGCGGGAGAUAAAGACCAACUGCCGGUGUUAUCUUUAAAACAAGGGGAACGAAGGAAACUUAGCAAUGUAGAAGAAAAUCAAAGAGGUGUUAUCGCCGUUUCUGACCACCCCUUAAAACUGGCACUGAUGUACAUUGUAAGCCAGACAACGCAGAAUUUUACUGAUGGCGACACUAGAAAAUAUUUCAAAAACAUUUUACAUGAGAUGCUGAACGAGAUCGAAAGAGAGGAGCAUAUCUCCACAGGUGUUUGUAAAUUUCAUCGGCUUCUUCUGUCUGUUUUAGCUAAAAUGGAAGACACCUCAUUACAGUGUCAAAAAAGAAUUUGUUUCCAUCAAAAAGCUCUAGAUCAGUGUAGCGAAAAAAACCCCUUCUACCAGGUACACAAGGAAGCACUUGCAGCUUGCUACGAAGUCCUUGGUUACAACCAACAUUCAACUGGAGACUUCGAGGCAGCACGAGAUUCUAAACAGCAUGCACUUGACAUCCGCCUUAAACUGUUUGGAGAAGAACACGCGGACACUGCUAACAGUUAUCAUAACCUUGGCAUCACUCAACAUUCACUUGGAAACUUCAACGCAGCACUAGAUUCUAAACAGCAUGCACUUGAAAUCCGCCUUAAACUGUUUGGAGAAGAACACGCGGACACUGCUAACAGUUAUCAUAACCUUGGCAUCACUCAACAUUCCCUUGGAAACUUCAACGCAGCACUAGAUUUUAAACAGCAUGCACUUGACAUCCGCCUUAAACUGUUUGGGGAAGAACACGCAGACACUGCUAAUAGUUAUCAUAACCUUGGCAUCACUCAACAUUCACUUGGAAACUUCAACGCAGCACUAGAUUCUAAACAGCAUGCACUUGACAUCCGCCUUAAACUGUUUGGAAGAGAUCACGUAUCUACUGCUAAUAGUUAUCAUAACCUUGGAACCACUCAACAUUCACUUGGAAACUUCAACGCAGCACUAGAUUCUAAACAGCAUGCACUUGACAUCCACCUUAAACUGUUUGGAGAAGGACACGCAGACACUGCUAAUAGUUAUCAUAACCUUGGAGCUACUCAACAUUCACUUGGAAACUUCAACGCAGCACUAGAUUCUGAACAGCAUGCACUUGACAUCCACCUUAAACUGUUUGGAGAAGAACACGCAACCACUGCUAAUAGUUAUCAUAACCUUGGCAUCACUCAACAUUCACUUGGAAACUUCAACGCAGCACUAGAUUCUGAACAGCGUGCACUUGACAUCCACCUUAAACUGUUUGGAGAAGAACACACAGACACUGCUAAUAGUUAUCAU